GACAACCUUGGUGCAAAACAUUUCCUAUUUCUUCUUACUCUCAGCGCAUAUUCAUGCGUGUACUAAUGCAUAUAUUGUGUGUGAGAAUUGAUGGGUUAACCUCCAUGUGCUAUCAGUAAGUAGUUUCCGAAAUAUUUUAUUUGCAUAUUUCGUUAUCAAUUCGUUCUUCACUGUCAGUUUCAUUGCACGAUUUUCCGAAAAAGGAUUUGCAAGUCAGCAAGACUCUAGUGAAAUUCGCAAAAAUGAUAAUUUCCGACUUUUUCCUGACAAGUAUUGGCGUGGUCGUUUGCUUCCUGUUGUGCAAAGGAAUGUCAACCCCUAAAAUCCACAUCCCUCCCGAAUGGGAACCCCACUCUCGAACUUGCAUGGUUUGGCCGGCAACCCCGGACAUUUGGGGGACCCCCUUAUUCGACAAAGUUCGCGAGGACAUUGCCCGCAUUGCGAAGGCCAUCUCGCCCUACGAACCGGUCACCCUGAUUGUCAAUCCGGACCAAGUUUCCUCAGCAGAGUCGGCUUUCACGUCGUCGGACUUGCAGAAAAUCACGAUCGUGCCGAUGCCCGUGGACGAUCUCUGGGCGAGGGACACCCUCCCGGUUUUUGGCGUCCAAACAGACCAACCUCCGCCGCAGGAGGAUGGGAGUCCGUCCCCCAUCUCGAAGACCUUGGUCGGGGUGGACCUCAACUUUAAUGGCUGGGGAAACAAGAAGCAGGUCCACGCGAAGGAUUCCAACCUGGCCCAGACUUUCCUGGCGCACUUUAACAUUUCCAGGAUCUCGUCCAGAAUCGUGGGAGAAGGAGGAAGUCUCGAGUUUGAUGGGGACGGAACCUUGCUGGUCACGGAGAGCAGCCUUUUCAACACGAACAGGAACCCGAGCUUUGGAACGAGGCAGGAACUCGAGCAGGAAUUGAUGACAGUUUUCGGGUUGGAGAAAAUCAUUUGGUUUAAGGGAGUUGUCGGCCAGGAUAUUACGGACGCUCAUGUAGAUUCCUUGGCGAGGUUUGUCCGUCCGGGCGUGGUUAUUUUAAACAGGCCACCGAAAGGGAGCACGGAAGAGGACGUCUGGUCGAAAUCAUCAGACGAAGCAAGAUCCGUCCUACAAGCAACCACGGAUGCCAAGGGCCGAUCUUUCACCAUCGUCGAACUCUAUGAACCCGAUCGCGACAAGAUUGUGGGAAUGCCGCCAGGGACAGAGAACGAGUUCCUGGCGUCCUACGUCAACUACUUGGUCGUUAAUGGGGCCGUGAUCAUGCCGCAGUUUGGAGACACGGAAGCUGAUGCGGAGGCAAAAGCAGUUCUGGCGCUUCAAUAUCCUGGAAGAACCGUGGUUCAGGUGAAUAUCUCGAAUUUGGCGUCGGGUGGGGGUGGCAUUCACUGCGCGACGCAUGAUAUCCCCAGUUUGACGAGUGGGGACGCAUGAUAUCCCCAGUUUGACGAGUGGGGCUGCAAGAUCGGCCUUCUAGGUGUCGAAAUUGGAGAAAUUCUCGACCUGAUUUCUCACUAAAAAUGCCUGAAAACUGAUCCGUUUAACGCACAUUUUGACCGACUUUAUGUACUUGCCUCUCUGAAAUACAAAACUUUUCCUUUUACGAGGGUACAGACCUCAUAAUUUAGCUUUUUCCUUCACCUUUCAUCCUGUAAUCUUGCCUCAUUCAUCACAUCAUUUUAUCACCGCUUUAUUAUUACCAUCGACAAAUCUUUAUUACUUUUUAGCUUGAUGGAAAGUGAAAGUUGAUCUGUAAUUCACUUUCAUAAAAAAAUUUUAAGAAAUAAAAUCCUGCAUUUUAAAUUA